ACAGGAAGCUUUAAGAUGAGUAGCACGUGUUAAAGUGGGUUGUUUUAAUGGUCAUCUGGUUUCGGUCUGAUUCAUCUUCUGUGGAGCAGCGCGCGGUGGCCGCUAGUAACCGCACGAGGAAUCCGCUCUGUUCUGCGUUUCAUCGUUUCCUGUCUCGCCCCUGGUUCUCAUCUCAGCGGGAAAAAGAAGAGGAAGGUAAAUAAAAAUAAAAAAACAGACAUCAUGGUUGCCGGCGAGCUCGUGCAGGAGCAUCUGCGCGCGGAUACCGGCGCACCUGACGACAUCACGGUCGGAAGGAAGACUUCCGAGCCGGAGGGCGCAGCCGAGCCGUACGCGGAUGCGACAUACGGAGCGGCGCCGACGCACGGGGCGGGGGAGGUAGACAGCACCGACCCUGCGCUGGAGCAGGAGCAGGAGCAGGAGGUGGUGCCGCCGGAUGAAAGAGAGGCGAUGCUGCCUAACGGAGGAGGAGGCGGAGGAGGAGGGGAGGAGGAAGGGAAGAAGCUGGAGACCAGGCUGUACUGCCGGCGGUUCGCGGUGCUGACCGUGUUCAGCCUGUACUCCCUGGUGAACGCCUUCCAGUGGAUCCAGUACAGCAUCAUCACCAACGUGUUCACGCGCUACUACGGGGUGAGCAACGAGGACGUGAACUGGCUCUCCAUCGUCUACAUGGUGGCCUACGUGCCGCUCAUCUUCCCGGCCACCUGGCUGCUGGACCGGAGGGGUCUGCGGCUCACGGCUCUGCUGGGCUCCGGCCUCAACUGCGCCGGCGCGCUGCUCAAGUGCGCCAGCGUGAGCCCCGAGCUGUUCGGAGUCACUGUCUCCGCGCAGGUCGUCUGCUCCGUGGCGCAGGUGUUCAUCCUCGGCCUUCCGUCCCGCAUCGCCUCGGUGUGGUUCGGACCCCGGGAGGUUUCCACCGCUUGCGCCACGGCAGUGCUCGGGAAUCAGCUGGGAACAGCCAUAGGCUUCCUGUUGCCUCCGGUUUUAGUUCCCAACACGCCUGAAGACGACGAUCUGACAGGUCACAACAUCAGCAUCAUGUUCUACGGCACCGCUGCCGUCUCAACUGCUCUCUUCAUCCUCACCGUCAUAGUCAUAAAGGACCGGCCUCCCCUCCCUCCCAGUCAGGCCCAGGCCGUCCUCCCAGACACUCCUCCUGAGGAUUACUCCUACAAACAGUCCAUCAUCAACCUGAUGAAGAACAAAGCCUUUGUCCUGCUGCUCAUCAGCUACGGAAUAAUGACCGGAUCCUUCUACUCUGUCUCAACACUCCUCAACCAGAUGAUCAUCGCCUGCUACGAGAACCAGGAGUUGAACGCUGGGAGAAUUGGUUUGACCCUGGUUGUCGCUGGGAUGGUGGGAUCCAUCCUCUGUGGCCUGUGGCUGGACCACACGAAGACGUACAAGAUGACGACUCUGAUCGUGUACAGCCUCUCCUUUCUGGGCAUGCUGGUCUUCACCUUCACUCUGAACCUCGACGACAUCUACCUGGUCUUCUUCACCGCUGGAGUCCUGGGGUUCUUCAUGACGGGUUACCUGCCUCUGGGCUUUGAGUUCGGGGUGGAGAUCACCUACCCCGAGUCCGAGGGGACGUCGUCUGGACUCCUCAAUGCUUUCGCUCAGAUAUUCGGGAUCAUUUUCACUCUGAUUCAGGGCAAACUGACCACAGAUUACAACCCAGUGGCUGGAAACCUCUUCCUCUGUGCUUGGAUCUUUCUUGGGAUACUGCUGACUGCCUUAAUCAAGUCAGAACUGAAGAGACACAACGUCAACAUGGGUGCAGACAGCAACCACCUCGCACUCCCCACCGAGUGUCCCGGGGACUGUCCUUCAGACAAGACGACCAACGGAGUCAAGCUGGAGCCGUCGAUCAGCUUCUCCCGUGAAACCUCGUUGUGACCCUGCCAAGUCCCUGAACUGCAGGACGAUACGGAGGUGUCCCCCGCUGCCCUGGGAAACACGUUGGCGCCACAGUCGACGUGAUGCAUUUAAAGGUGCACUUGAUUUUUAUUGCCAAGUAUAAUUUCCUCGAAAUCUGGAAAGCCGAAGGCUCUGGAUGUGAGCCAGGUCUAAUCAAGCACAGCCACAAUCUACACUGGAUUCAGGCCGGGGUGGGGGGACCAGCAUCGAUCAGAGGGAGGACCCAGGUCGUGCUCCCAGACACUUGCAAAGAAGAAGCAUUACCUCCAGUUUUGGGUCGGUAAGAAAGUGUGUAAGCCAUGGCCAUGCAGAAGAAGCUCCACUGCACUUUAACUGUGUUGUAGUUUGUGAAAAGUGGCGUUUUUAGUUUGGUUACCGGAUGCAAAUCUGACUUCGAAGGAAAACAGAAGUCGUGGAUCAUGAUCACAAGGUUCGCUGCAGUAAAAAGAAAAGACUCCAGUGACUGUGGAGGAGUCACAGCAGCAGGUGGAGUGUCGCAGUCUGCAGGUGUCUCUGAGGAGGGAAAUAAAGAGCCAUUCUUUUUGGUUUUGUCCUGCGGCCUCUGCCCACCGCACAGCGCCAACAUUUCCUGAGUUUACUUGAAUUAUCCUUUGAUGCUCUGGACUGCAGUUGUCAGAAACACUGUAAAUGUUAUCGUCUUUUCAUUUAGUCUCCGUGAACCUAGAGGAUCUUUGAUUCACGUUCAUACUGAAACCUGUUCUGAAGCUGCUUCAGCUUUGGAAAAAUCAACAUAAAUCAUGUUUAUUUUUCUACAAUGCUGCAUUUCUGACAAGCCAAGAAGCGGCUGCCCAUAAUUUAGCAUAGUUAGCAUUAGUCUGCGCAGUAAGUCCUAUAAGGUCUAAACAAAUACAAAGUGCAUGAAAGUAAAUGCAUCUCUCACAGCUGACAUUGUUUGAAAGCCACAGGUUUUAUUUGCAGCUUCUUUUUGACACAGGUUUACACAUGAAUGUGCUUUUUAUUUGCUGGGAUACAUAAAUAUCUGGAGUUAAAUCUUCCUGUUAUAGCUAAAAAACAAAAAUCCAACAUCCAAUCACUGAGGUGAAACAGUAAAAUGUUUGGAAGAAUUUAAGAUUUGAAGGUGCAUCCCUGAGGGGAGUGGAGGGAAGGUGAAGGAAUGUGGAGAUAGUUUACUCCAUGUAUGAAAGGGCCCUGACAUUAACUAUAACCAAAAAUCACAACACUAGAAUUUAUGUGAUUUUAAUUGUAAAUUAUAAGUGAUUCUCAAAAUGUUUGGGUCCCUGUCUAGAGGCCUAUUUAUUAACUAAUUUAUUUCAUCCAUCAUAUUGUUUUUUAUCAUGUCAAAAUCUCAAUGUGAAAUCACAGUAAGUCCAGUGACGCCUUGACGAUACCUUGAUUUGUCUAAUUAAUAAGGUUAAAGAAGAUAAUGACAGGAGAGAAACAACUGUCUGCUGUCGUGAAGUAAAUAUGUACUGUAUGUUAUAUGUGAAUGGCUUGUACAAUGGCUUAAACCACUAUGGACCAAACAGAAUGUGAACAUGUUCUGAGUUCAGUGCACAAUAAGAAAUAACACGCACAACGUCACGUUUUAUACUCAAGUGCAUGAUUUCAGGUGUGUUUUUAAUGUCGGCUGCUCUCCGUUGUUACACUGAGGAUCUGUGGGUCAACUCGAGCUGCUGCUGGUGAGACAUGGAGGCAUGACAGAGGGCAUAGCGCCAUCUUGUGGGUUUUCCACAGUAAUGACAAAGUAAGCAGAGUGGAUAGGAGAAGCACAAACGUGUAACAUAAGACUAUGCUAAUUUAUAUUUUCAGAUCUACCAGUUUGUUUUAAUUCUAUCAGAUCAUAAAGGGCCUGUGGAAGGACUUUUGCUUUAUUUAGCCUCUUUUUAACCAUUUAAAACUCAAAACUUUUCUUUUUACCUACAGCUUCUGAAGUUUCAGAACAUGUAAAAUCUGUUUUUAGCCUUUUCCAUUCUCUGUUCAAACUUUUGCAGCCCCUCCUUUACCAGCUACAGUAUUAGUGGUACAUACAUUCAUGCACCAAUAAUUUAAUAUACCUUUUUUCUCUGAAAUGGGCCCAUUCUGCAUAAUAAGUACUUUUAUGUUUGGUACUUUACGUAUAUUUUGAUGCUAAUACUUUUAAAAUUAUGAGUAUUUGUAACAGGUAAUGAUAUUUGUUUCUUAAGUUUCAGAUGACUUUUGUUUUUCUCUGGAAACUAAAAUUCAAUUUCACUCUGCAACAUUUUAAAAACAAUUCUGUUUCAGUGACAUUAUAUUAUUUACUGUCAAGACUUAAAAAGUUGAUACGUUUCCAAAUGAAUCAUCAGAAGAAUCAACAAACUGUUUAUUAAUUAAUGGCAUUUGGCAAUGACGUGAUUUUUCACAAAAUUACUGUGUCACACUGUAAAACAGCAGAAAGGCAUUGUACUUAUAUGGCCAUAACAUAACCUUAAUGUUUCAAUAUACUAUUCCUUUAACAUGUUUGCGUGUUAAAUCUUCUUUUUGGUUGAAAACAUUUGGUUCUGUUUUUUUUCCAGAAAUUGAAAAUGUUUUCUGUGUAAACUUGUAGGAACGACUGAUGCUUUCUUCUGUUGUGUGGUUCUUAGUAGAUGAAGAUCUAACAGUUCUUUUUUGUAACAGGAACUUUUAUACAGCUCUAAAGUCUUGUUUGUAAAAUUUUAUUUGUUUUGUCAAGUUAGGCUAUUUAUUAACAAUGAAUAUGAAUAAAUUAUAGCAAAUAGCACUGAGUAAAAUUAUGAAUGGUCUUCAACAUUUCUCUAUAUGACCAAAAAAGAUUUUUCAAGAGAAAUCAGUAAAAGAUACUUGACUGCUGCUACAAUCAAUGUAUUAACCCCUCUUCUCCCCCAGCUCUGCUGUAUCUAUGAAACAGAUCAUUUGGAUUUAAAGGCUGUUU